CCAGUGGAAAUCCUAUAUAUAACCAAAUUAUAGAAUAAACGUCGAAACUAGAAAACUACAUCUCAAUUUCAAGAAGCACGAAAAAAAAAUCAAAAUCUUCCAAAAGAGAAAAAUUAAAAGAUGGUUUGUAUAGCUUGCCUAUUGCCACUCUUCCUCGUACCGAUCGUCAAUAUUUUGCCUCUCCUCUUCUAUUUCAUCAUGGGUAAAAUUUACUGGCUUCUUGGAUGGGAAUACCGGAAACCGGAGAGGGCACCUGCGGCGUGUCCGUAUAGGCCGCCUGCGAAAACGGAAAACUCUAGCAAAGUUCGGCCAGAAACUGAACCUACUGUACCAGAGUCUAGUUCAAAACCAAUGGGAGUAACAGAUAACAAGCAGGAUUGAUACUGAAGUUUGUAAGUGGGUUCCAUGGAACAAAAUCCAGGCAUAAAUGUAUGAUCUUUUUGAAGAUUAACUUCUUCAGCUUGUUGAUUUUAUCUGAACAAAGAAAAAAGAAUUUUGUUGAUUUCCAGAGGAAAAAAAUUACUGUCUUUUCAUAUAUCAUAAACAUAGUAAAGCAUGGGAAGUUGAUGACUGAUCA